GAUGGGCGCUAGCGGUCCCCGGCGGGGCCCCGGCCCCCCAGACGGGGGCUGGGGCUGGGCCGUGCUGGGCGCCUGCUUCGUGAUCACGGGUUUCGCCUAUGGCUUCCCCAAGGCCGUGAGCGUCUUCUUCCGCGCGCUUAUGCGCGACUUCGGCGCGGGCUACAGCGACACGGCCUGGGUGUCCUCCAUUAUGCUCGCCAUGCUCUAUGGCACAGGCCCGGUGUCCAGCAUCCUUGUGACCCGCUUUGGAUGUCGGCCGGUGAUGCUGGUGGGUGGGCUGUUGGCCUCGGCCGGCAUGAUCCUAGCAUCCUUCGCCACGCGCCUCCUGGAGCUAUACCUGACAGCUGGGGUGCUCACAGGCUUGGGCCUGGCCCUCAACUUCCAGCCAUCGCUCAUCAUGCUGGGGCUGUACUUCGAGCGGCGGCGGCCUCUGGCCAACGGGCUGGCGGCGGCCGGCAGCCCGGUGUUCCUGUCGGCGCUGUCGCCGCUCGGCCAGCAGCUGCUCGAGCACUUCGGCUGGCGCGGCGGCUUCCUGCUGCUGGGCGGCCUCCUGCUGAACUGCUGCGCGUGCGGCGCCGUCAUGCGGCCGCCCCCGGGGCCCGGCCCGCGGCCGCGCAGGGACAGCGCAGGAGACGCGCCGGACGAGGCGGAGGCGCACCGCGCGGGGCCGCGCGUGCGCGAGGCGCCCUCUGGCGGUCGGACCCGCCGGCGCCUGCUGGACGUGACCGUGUGCGCCGACCGCGCCUUCGCGGUGUACGCCGUCACCAAGUUCCUGAUGGCGCUCGGGCUCUUCGUGCCCGCCAUCCUGUUGGUGAACUACGCCAAGGACGCGGGCGUGCCCGACUCCGAAGCUGCCUUCCUGCUCUCCAUCGUGGGCUUCGUCGACAUCGUGGCGCGGCCGGCGUGCGGCGCCCUAGCCGGCCUGGCGCGCCUGCGGCCACACGUCGCCUACCUCUUCAGCCUGGCCCUCAUGGCCAACGGGCUCACGGACCUGAGCAGCGCGCGGGCGCGCAGCUACGGCGCCCUUGUCGCCUUCUGCAUCGCCUUCGGCCUCUCCUACGGCAUGGUGGGCGCCCUGCAGUUCGAGGUGCUCAUGGCGGCUGUGGGCGCGCCCCGAUUCCCCAGUGCCCUGGGCCUGGUCCUCCUCCUCGAGGCUGUGGCUGUGCUCAUCGGACCGCCCUCUGCCGGCCGCCUGGUGGACGCGCUCAAGAACUACGAGAUCAUCUUCUACCUGGCAGGCUCCGAGGUGGCCCUGGCGGGGAUCUUCAUGGCUGUGGCCACCUACUGUUGCCUGCGCCGCCCCAGGGACGGCCCACCCAGCCCAGGCACCGAGGGCGGGGCCGGCGACGAGGAGGAGGCUGAGGCCGAAGUGGACUCUGACCUCCCGCCCGCCGGCACCGAGGAGCCCGAUGGCCUCGAGGCCGUGGAGGUGCCGAGCCCAGGCACUGGGCCUUUGCAACCCGAGAAGACGGAACCAGGGCUGGACUCUUGA